AAGUUUCUUCUUUUUUUUUUUUUGAGUUUGAUACUCUGGCAGAGUGCGACUCUUGAUGCGCAGGCACUCAGAGGUUGUACACGUGGCAUGCGUUAACUCAUUAUAAAACAGCUAAAUUGUCGAUCUUAUGUCAUAAAUCCACAAUCCUAGAGGGCCCGCUUAUCACCUUCGGAUUGCAAAACGCGGCCCGCAUUGUCCUUUUGCCCUCUCUUCCAACUUCGACCGAAAGCUACCGAAGCUGUAGCUCAUGUAGAAGUUUUCAACUGCCUUGUAUUCUUUCAUCACCGCAAAAACAGAUCACGACUUGUAAGUUUUCAUCCCAGUCCUUUAUUUCAUUCCAUUCCUUUUUCCUGACCAAAAAGAAGAAGAAGAAGAAGAUGUUCCAUUUCCUUCGUUACAGAAAGCUCCUCCAAAUCAACAUCCAAACACUCCAAAUCCAAUCCCUACAAAACCCAUUUCUAAAAUCCUAUUCCAAAACAAACCCACCUUUUUCUCUCCUCCAAUACCUCCAAAGCUCAUGUGCGCUCUCCCCAGAAAAGGCAUUAACAGCCUCCAAAGCUGUCUAUCACAGGACCCCAAAAGACCCAGAUUCUAUCCUCAAAUUCCUCAAAUCCUAUGGAUUCCCAAAAACCCACAUCGAAUCCAUCAUCACUAAUGCCCCACAACUCCUCUUCACAACUGAAUCCAGCUUAAGACCCAAAAUUCAGUUCUUCAAAGAAAAGGGCCUUUCCGAAUCCGAUAUAGUGAGCAUCAUCAUUUCAGACCCCGCCAUCUUGACUGCCAGUCUCGAAAAUCGUAUAAAACCGUGGUUCGAUUUCCUUUCUAACGUUUUUGGAACGCACAAAUUAGUAAUCAAAUCACUCAAGAGGUCGAAGUUCCGAUUCAGUUCGGAGAAGGCUGUAGUUCCCAAUGUGGCCAUUUUGAAGAAUUGUGGUGUCUCAGAUCAUCAGAUUUCGAAAUUACUUAUGGGCCAACCGUUGACGUUGAUUGUGAAGUCUGAUCGAUUUAAUGAGAUUGUGAAGAUGGUUCAGGAAAUGGGGUUCAAUCCGUCAACCUAUAUGUUCGUGGAGGCAGUCCGUGUGAUAGCAGCUUUGAGCCGUCCGAUGUGGUAUACGAAAUUUGAGGUCUAUAGGAGCUUGGGGUGUUCAAAUGAGGAGAUAUUGUUAGCAUUCCGUAAGCGCCCGGGCUGCAUUGCGAUAUCAGAGGAGAAGAUUAGAAGUUGUAUGAAUUUCUUUGUCAAGGAGUUGGGUUGGAAUCCUUCAAGCAUUUUGGUCUACUACCCGAACCUUUUGUCACUUAGUUUGGAGAAGAGAAUUGUGCCCAGGCAUAGAUUUUGGCAGUUUUUGGUUUCGAAGGGCCUGAUUAAGAAGGAUGGAAAGUUUGUGAAAAUCUUUAUGGUGGCAAGUGAGAAGCGGUUCUUGGAGAAUUAUGUGAUGAAGCACCAAGCGAAGGUUCCGGAGAUAUUGAAGAUUUAUGAGGGCAUGAUCGGGUCAAAGAUCAUUGUCCAAGCUCGAGGUAAAGCUUGUUCUUUCCAAAACAGCCACUGUAUUGAAUGGAAGCUCUCCCACUUCAUGAUGAAGAAUAAUAGCAAGGACACACUAGAUGGAUGAUCCCAAUCCAUGUCCCCUUCUUUUGUGUGAAGUUAGGAGGUAUAGCGUUUGUGAAUUCUCAUACGACCAGAACCAGGGUAUUACAUCCUACUCAUUCAUACCAUCAAAAUCAUGUUUUCCUUGCGGAUUGGAUGGGUGGAUUAACAGAGACAUCACGGUGGGCCCAUACCUAAAAAUGAUCUGAGAAAAGUGAUGGACAGCGUGGAUAAACAGAGAUCACGGUGGGCCCCCACACAGAUCUAAUCGGACGCAAUCCGCUUCCCCUCGAGCAAGGUUAUGAUGGAUCAUGAAUUACCUUGCACAUGUUAUCCAUGCUAGUUUCCUUGACAGAGUGGAAUGGUGGGAAUAGGAUUUGUGUGGCUGACCUCAGUUAGUUGGGAUGAGGCUUUGAUGAUGAUGGUGAUGAUGAUCAACCAAAAAUUGUGUGCCCCACUUGUGGAGGCCAGAAAUCUGAUCGAACGGAUGAUCCUAACCAUCAAAAUCACGCAAAUGAUACUAACGUGGAGGGUGUAGAUGAUCUCGGGCAGAAGGCUACUAAUAGCGCCAGCGACUUAAACACGUGUCGGGCAGCUAUUCUAGACGACACUGUUACAUCCACAUGGACGGCAGAGAUGAGAUCGGGUCUCGAUUGAGACCACGUGGAUAGCUCGUGUGACCUUCCCGAUUCACUUAUCGAGCGUGCGCUUCUCCCCUUGACAGAUGGCGCAAAUCUGGAGACCUCUCGUGUCUCCCCAAGUCACGUAUCCAUCGAUCUAGAACAAAAGGGCGAUCCGACUCCUUCGCACUAGGCCCCUCUGAACCUAAACUUACCCCUUUGGCCUUCACCUUUUUUCCAAUCAGUGCGCGAAAGCUACGAGCUCUCUUAGCGGCUUUCUCAGGAAUCUUGACGUUCAGAUUUUGCGGCGAGAGUCUGAUUUGCCCCCGCUCUCUGUCCCUGGGAGAUGCAGACCUCUCGGACUCCCAGUCGGUCGCGUCCAUUCCCUUGACUGAAUGUGACAAUUCGAUGAUUGAUACCUCUCUGCGGUCCACCUCAAAUUCCCAGAUCAUGACAGAUUCUGCUUUGAUUGCUUUAUUUUAGGUUGUGAAGGGGGUCACAUUAUUGAUGCUGAGCUGCUCCAGAUCAGAAUGGGUAGUCUCCCUCAAGAUACGGAUAAGGAGGUUGCGGCUGAGAGAGCAAAACUAGCGGACUCUAUCUAAAAAAAACGUUGGAUCAGGGAUGCCAUGGGACACAUCAGUAGAUCCUUGGGCUUCUCUUUCGGAGACCAUCCAGAAUAUUUCUUGGCCCUUUUUCACUGCAUCAAAGCCUGCGGCAAGCCCCUGCAAUGCCCCAAAUCUCCAAGAAAAUUCUCUCCCAAGCCCACCAGGAAUAAAGAGCUGCAGAGUCUUCAGUCCAGCCCUGGUCCGAUCAAGGAAAUUACAGAAGGUAUCGUCGAUGGUGGUCGUCGGGGAAGAUCGAUUUCCAAAUGAAAGUCCUCUCUUGGAAUGUUAGAGGGGUGGGAUCCAAGAAAAAGCGUUGUCUGAUAAAAGACAUCACGGGAAGAAGCAAAGCAGAUAUCAUUUGCUUUCAGGAAACUAAGGCCCAAGUUUUUUCAGCUAAGCUCAUGGAAUCCCUUUGGAAAGCUCGCGAUGUGAAGUGGGAGGCCUCAAAUGCGGUAGGUAGUGCGGGAGGGAUUCUUAUCACCUGGAAUGCGGCUAUUUGGUCGAUGGAGCGUAGUUGGAUCGGAGAGUUCUCGGUUUCUGUUGUUCUAAAUCAGAUCGGCUCCAACUUUUCCUGUCUUAUUUCUUCGGUCUAUGGUCUUAAUCAAGCUGAUAGGCGAUAUGAUUUUUGGGAGGAUUUACACGCAGCUAGGGAAAUUUUUUACGGCCUGUGGAGUAUCAGAGGAGAUUUUAACAUUACACGGUAUGCGGAAGAGCGUUCUCAGCCUGGUAGAGUUUUCGUUGCGAUGCGAUCUUUUUCCCACUAGAUAGACGAACAUGCGUUGAUGGAUCUACCCCUGUCUAAAUCCAAAUUUACUUGGUCAAACCAGUGUUCUCCGCCUUCCCUCACUAGAUUAGAUCAGUUUCUUGUUUUGGCUAACUAGACUAAAGCUUCCCCGCAUGUUUUGCAGUUGGCGCUCCCUCGACCUACGUCUGACCACUCGCCGAUAGUGCUCUCUAUGGAAGAGGAAAACUGGGGCACGAAGCCAUUUCGUUUUGAUAUCUCGUGGCUAAAGAUUGAGGGAUUCGAUCAACUUAUUUCUGAUUGGUGGAA